GAUAUAAAACAAACUGAAGAAAAAAUAAACAACAAAAAUGUAAAAACGAAAUAAAAGAAAAUAAAAUAUGAUAACAUUGUAGUUGUUUCUGACGUAUUUGAGAUCAAAAUAGAAACACUAACCAAUUUAUAGCAGCAGUCAGGAGCCAGGAGCCGUCACCUCCAUCAAUGCAGAAAAAGUGAAAGUAAAAAAGAUAGCUGAAAAUAUAUAUGAAUUUACAAGUGCCAAAACACAUGUAUAAGAAUAUUUGCCUUGCUUAUAAAUAAAUACUUAAGAAUUUAAAAAUAAAUUUAAAUUAAGAAGAAGAACAAGCACAAGAAAUGGUUCUCAGCAGCAGCGGCAGAAGUGGCUGGCAAGAGUAUUAAAAAGUGGGUGACUUUUUGCUGGGCGAUUAUUGAAUAUAUUUUUGUUUCUUUGUCACUCACACACACCCACCUCAUGUGUAUGUGUAUAUAUUAUAUAUGUAUAUGCAUUUAUUCAUAUUUACAUCUGAAAAAAAUGCGAAUGAAUUAAACAAGUGUGUAGUAAAGUAAAGUGGGAGCGACGGUGAAUUAUGGCGCUUUAAAUGUAUAAGCAAAAAAAUACAGCACAAACAAACAAUAACAAACAACAAGCAACAGCAAAAAGUGAGAAAUAACAGUCCGAAAUCAAAGGAAAUAAAAAAAGUUGAAAGUGUGUAAAUUUAUAUUUAUGUAUUGCAUACGUAUUCAUAUGUACAUAUGUAUAUAACAAAGGGGACGGCCGACGGCAAAUAGAAAGAGUUGUCAACACUUUUACCCGCGGUGCUCCGUCGAUGUGCUGAGAGUUUCUGCCUUCUGCUGAUGUGAUGAGAUAUUUCCAAAAUGGCGGCAAAUGUAAUAACAAUUACCGAAACACUGGAUUGCUAAGGUGUUGAAUGUGUGUGUACAUACUGUAGCAGCGUUAAACUCAGAUAAUCAACACAAAAGGCAUCAUGAGCGCCACAUCACACAAAUGGGACAAGCUGUCGCCACGCGAAUUUCAACAAUUACAAGAAUUGGCAUCAUAUUCCACUAGAAAGCUGCAAGAUGUGCUACAGGAAUUCUGUUCGACAAGUCCAUCACCCAAAUUUAAUCCGGAUGGUGACAUCGACUAUGAUGGCUUUCGCAGCUUCCUUGACGCAUUCCUAGACUGUGAGACACCAGUUGACUUGGCCAAGCAUUUAUUUGUUUCCUUCCUCAAACCGAAUGUCACACAGUCACAGCUGCACGGCAAGGCGCUCAAUCAGAUGGCAGCCAUUAGCAGUACGACGGCUUGUGCGGCUGUCACAUCGCAUACGAAGGGCUCCAUUCCGAAUAUCAAUAGCAUUGCUGAAAUUGCAGCGCCGUCGGCAAGCGAACAACCUUCGAGACACACAUUAGUAGAAAAGAUUCAUGGCAUCACCGAUAAGCUGCAUUCAUUGAGUGGCCAUUUGACACAUGAUCCCAGUAAAACGGGCUGCGUACAUCCCAUGGUCACUGUUACGCCCAGUUCACUCGCUGGUGGCCCAUCAUCGAUGUUCCAGAGCAGUGCUGCGGCGCGUCGUUCAGUCGAUUCGAGUCCAUCACAUUCGCAGGCGAAUCACUCACAGAUGUCACGGAACUCAUCAAAGAAGAGUAACAAUUCGGUUAAUUGUAAAGUCGAUACUGAUAUCAAACUCCUGGCACGCAAACUUUCACACUUUGAUCCAUUGACGCUGAAGGUGCCGCUCAAAGAUGUCGUCUGCUAUUUAUCAUUGCUGGAAGCCGGUCGACCGGAAGAUAAACUUGAAUUCAUGUUUCGUCUGUACGAUACCGACAGCAACGGUGUCCUGGAUACAGCCGAAAUGGAUGCGAUUGUUAAUCAAAUGAUGGCUGUUGCCGAAUAUUUGGGUUGGGAUGUCAGCGAAUUACGGCCGAUUCUGCAAGACAUGAUGGUGGAAAUUGACUAUGAUGCCGAUGGCACCGUUUCACUGGAAGAGUGGCAACGUGGCGGCUUGACAACCAUCCCUCUGCUGGUUUUGUUAGGCGUUGACAAUACAGCUCUGAAGGAGGAUGGCAUUCAUGUGUGGCGCUUAAAGCAUUUCAGUAAACCGGCAUAUUGUAAUCUCUGCCUGAACAUGUUGGUCGGCCUUGGCAAGAAGGGUCUAUGUUGUGUGUUGUGCAAAUACACCGUGCACGAACGAUGCGUUCAACGUGCCCCACCUUCUUGCAUCACGACCUACGUGAAAACGAAAAAGGCCAAAGGUGGCGGUGACAUGCUUCACCAUUGGGUCGAUGGUAAUUGCUAUGGUCGCUGCUCCAAGUGUCGCAAGCGCAUUAAGGCGUAUCACGGCAUCACCGGUUUGACGUGUCGUUGGUGUCAUAUGAUGCUCCACAACCGUUGCGCAUCUUCUGUGAAAAAAGAAUGCACUUUAGGUGAAUACGCGGAUUUAAUUAUACCGCCAACUGCCAUCUGCCCAGCUGUCCUAGAUCGUCAGCGUUCGGUAAAUCAAACGAAUAAAGCAACGCACUUCCAAAUAACCCCGCCGAGUGAGAGCAGUUGCCCUCUGUUAGUGUUCGUGAAUCCGAAAAGUGGCGGCCGACAGGGCGAUCGCAUAUUACGAAAAUUUCAAUAUAUGCUCAAUCCGAGGCAGGUGUAUGAUCUCUCAAAAGGUGGGCCAAAAGAAGGCUUAACACUAUUUAAAGAUAUGCCAAAUUUUAAGGUGAUUUGCUGCGGGGGUGAUGGCACUGUUGGCUGGGUGCUUGAAGCGAUGGAUUCCAUUGAGCUCGCCUCACAACCAGCCAUAGGCGUCAUACCGUUGGGUACUGGCAACGAUUUGGCUCGCUGUUUGCGUUGGGGUGGCGGCUAUGAAGGUGAAAAUAUACCAAAGUUAAUGGACAAAAUUAAGCGUUCAUCGAUUGUAAUGUUGGAUCGUUGGAGCAUAGAAGUGACGAAUGCAACGCCUGUAGCGGAAAUUCUGCGGCCAAAGGUCACGCUCCAAUCUAAUAUGCAGAAAGUGAUUGAGCUGUCACAAAGUGUUGUGGUUGAAAAGGCACUUUUCGAAAAAUUCGAGGAGAUACACCGCAGCACUAGCGUCUGUACGAAUAUGUGUAGCAGCAAACAUGAGCACAUGACCACAACGGCAUCGACGUCAUCGAUGAGUUCAUCGAUUACCACAGCGACUGAGUAUGCCACAGAUGCCGAGAGAAAUCGCGGAGGGGUGCGCUACGGUGGUGGUGUAAGUGCAGGCGCCGACGAAGUGGGAGGUGUGUGUUCGGGCCGUGCAACCAAAAGCAUAUCAAUGUCGACAUUCGAGACAAAACGCAUACAGCUCACAACACUUAGCAAUAGUAGUAGCAGUUGCAGUAGCACUAGUACUAUUAUUAGGCAACAAAAGCAGAACCAACAGCAAAGCGAGAAGGUGCGAGAGCAGCAAGAACGGAAAAGAGAGCGAACGCAAUCCGAAGACUUACAAUCACCUGGUUCACCGCAAAAGGCGGAUGUAGCUGUAGAAGAUGAAAGCGAUGCAAGUGAUGAGGCCAAAGCCAAGAACAAUAAUAACAAUAAUAGUGGGAAUGAAAUGAAUGAAAGUGCUUUGAAUCUCAUUGAACGCGACUUAGCACACGCCACCAAGUUCACAAAAGAUAUGCCAAAAAAGACCGCAGUCGAGCUGGAAGUAGAGAUGCAAGAGUCAGCUGCAGAUGCUGGUGCAAGUGCAGACCAAGAAUUACACAUACCGCAAAACGACAAAAGCAUAUCAACACCAGGCAGAGAGAGAAGCACGAUAUUUAGUAAGUCGUGCACUGAAAUCACCAGCCCCACCACAACUGCCGCCGCCAUCAGCGACUACGUUGAAUCGUUGGUUGCUACGAGGGCUGACAACUCAGCCGCACUAGCCACGCCAUUAUCACCCGCAACUUCGUUACCGUCCCUUAUGGCAUCUCCCACAACGUCGUCGACAGUGCCAGCGGCAGAAGCAGCAAUAACAGCUGGUGAAUUUGAUGAAGAGCCCACAACACCGCUAGCUGUUAUCGCUACGCUGUCAGCAUAUUCUGGCGGUACGGCGCCCCUAGGUCAGCAAGGUGUCAUUUGUUUGCCAAAACAGAUCAAAGUGCAGCCGGAAAAGGAUUGUACGGUACCCUACAACAUCAUUAACAACUACUUCUCGGUUGGUGUGGAUGCUGCAAUAUGUGUCAAGUUUCACUUGGAACGCGAAAAGAAUCCGCACAAAUUCAACAGUAGGAUGAAAAACAAACUUUGGUACUUUGAAUAUGCCACUUCAGAAACAUUUGCUGCCUCCUGCAAGAAUCUACAUGAGAACAUCGAAAUUGUGUGUGAUGGUGUUUCCUUAAAUUUAGCUAAUGGUCCACAUCUACAGGGUGUCGCCCUACUGAACAUUCCUUAUACUCAUGGCGGCUCGAAUUUGUGGGGAGAACAUCUGUCACAGAAACGCAUGCGUAAAAGCGCUGGCCCCUUCCGGAAGGGUAAAAAAUUGAAAUCUUCAGAUAAAGAGCUUUCUGCUACAAGUUUCACAUCUGUGGAUCUAUCAGUUGCAACUCAGGAUUUCGGAGAUCGUCUCAUUGAAGUAAUAGGUUUGGAAAAUUGCCUACAUAUGGGUCAGGUGCGUACCGGUCUUCGUGCAUCAGGGCGACGCUUGGCGCAAUGCAGUGAAGUAAUUAUUAAGACGAAGAAAACAUUUCCAAUGCAAAUCGACGGGGAGCCGUGGAUGCAAGUACCCUGCACGAUAAAAGUCACUCACAAAAAUCAAGUUCCUAUGCUAAUGGCUCCACGUUCCGAAAAGGGAAGAGGCUUCUUUAAUUUACUCUGCAGCUGAUUUCGGCGUAGUGUAUCUGCUAGUAGUUCCUUUGCGCCGUCACUAGUGGAACGACACCAACAACACAAAGAAACCACCGUCCAACAAAUAGAAUAGCUUUAAUUUUAGCGCAUUACAACAAAAAGUUAAGAAUGAGGAAACAGAAACUGAAAACACGAAACUUGUUAUACGGUCCAGAAAAAUAACAAAAAAAAAACCGUAAAUGUGAAAAGCUUCAAAUUUGAGCGCAUUCACAAUAUGAGCUUUAAUUUAUUUCAUUCAGAAACAUUUAUUUUUACAAGCAGAUUGUAAGGUUUAACAAAAAGAUUUG